UGCAAGUAAACAAUACAAUUACGUUCUCGCAUUGCACCAGAGGUUUGCGUUGGAAGUGCUCUGUUCGGAGAGCAGAUCUCGUAAUCGGACGCGGCAGCAUGUGCACACUGCAUCCCGAGGAGGAGGCCCAUCUGGUGGCGAUGGCCAGUGGCGGUCCCCGAACCAGGACACCCAGCCCAAGGCCACUCGUUUCCUUAUCCAAUCCCGCACCACGGUCGCUGUUCGACGUCUGCUGGGAUGAUGUGCUUAUCCCGCAGGUGGCCGUCUAUCUGUCGCUCAAGGAUCUCUUCAACCUGCGCUGCUGCUCGCGUACCGCGCUCCGCUUUGUGGAGGCUGCCCUGGAGAAGCGGCAGGAACUGCAUCUCUCCGGGAACAACUCAAGCAAUAUCGAUGUGGGCUUCCGAGUGCUGGCCCGCUGCUGUCGCCGGCUGGAGGUGCUCCACUUGGCCUGCUGCCGCUGGCUGACGGACGAGCUGCUCCUCCCGCUGCUGGCCAACAACAAGAAACGCCUGUGGGCCGUCAACCUGAACGAGUGCACCAACAUCACGGCCCUCUCGCUCCAGCCCAUCAUCGUGGAGUGCAAGGAUCUGCGCGUGCUUAAGCUGUCCAAGUGCCAGUGGCUGACCACUGGAGCCGUGGAUGCUCUCACCCUGCACCAGAGCAAGCUGGUGGAGUUCGACAUCUCGUAUUGUGGAGCCAUCGGAGAACGCUGCCUGAUCAUCUUUUUUCGGAAACUCAACAAACUUACCGUCCUUUCGCUGGCGAAUACGCCCAGUGUGACCGACCAGGUGCUCAUCCAGAUCGGGAACUAUUGCCGCGAGCUGGAGCACAUCAACCUGAUCGGCUGUGCGGCCAUCUCCGACUAUGGAGUGCACGCCCUCACCCAGAGCUGUCCACUGCUCCAGUCGCUGAUGGUGCAGCGCUGUCCACUGGUCACGGAACGCGUGCUGGCCCCUCUCCGCGGACGAGUCCACAUCGAUCGACCCGGCAUGGGCUACAUGCCGGCCAUGCAACAUCAUCGCCUGUUCCUGCAGGUGUGAGAUAUUAAACCCCCUGAUUCCGGACCAAUAAAAACUCAAUUUACCAAGGAGGCUUUCGAGGCUAGCCAAUGUUUUCGCUGUAAAUACAUGCCUCGGCAUGGGACGCUUUAAUUUAUCUUUAAGCUUAAUUUUACACUUUGUUAACAUUAAUUUAGGCUGUACAAUAAACAUAAUUAGUUAAUCAUCUUUCUCUCCAAAA